CUUCCGCUUUGCGUUUCUUUUGGCCCCAGCGACUCGCCGUCGCUCAGGAGGAGGCGUUCACUAGAUGGAGUGAUGGCGACUGGGACGCCAGAUUCUCAAGCGCGAUUCGGUCAGUCUGUGAAGGGGCUCCUCACAGAGAAGGUGAACACCUGUGGUACGGACGUCAUCGCGCUCACUAAGCAGGUGCUGAAGGGCUCCCGGAGCUCCGAGCUGCUAGGUCAGGCAGCUCGAAACAUGGUACUACAGGAAGAUGCCAUCUUGCACUCAGAAGAUAGUUUAAGGAAAAUGGCAAUAAUAACAACACAUCUCCAAUACCAGCAAGAAGCUAUUCAGAAGAAUGUUGAGCAGUCUUCUGAUCUACAGGACCAGCUGAAUCAUCUGCUGAAAUAGUGCAGCUUGUAAGAGGGCAAAAGCACUUCUGUGCCGACACUGAGAAGGAAAUCUUUUACUUAACCACUGUGCUAUGGGUUUGACUUUCCAUUUUCUUCUCCAAAAGUUAAGUUAGAACAGAUUUGUGAUGGUGUAUAAUUCCUCCUGAAAGAAGCUAGGUGGUUGAAUUUUGGAAGUACUUCUUGAAGCAGAGUAACCCAUGGUCUUAUUGAAUUUUUUAAUUGCUCUGUUUAGUUUGAUGUUAAAGGAAAAUUAAAAGAGGUCUUAGUUUUUCCCCUAGAACUUUUAUAUGUCAAAAGCCAUAUCAACUAAAUAUGAUCCUUAAGCAAAUACUGAAUAAUGUUUUAAAUUCAGAAUUAGGGAUUCUAUUGUGAAAACAUAGGACUAAUUAAUAUUCUUUUUUAAAGACUUUUUUUCUUUUAAUCAUACAUUCAGAAAUGGUAAUAGGUAAUACCUGUUCUUUCCCUUCCCUUCCCUUCCCUUCCCUUCCCUUCCCUUCCCUUCCCUUCCCUUCCCUUCCCUUCCCUUCCCUCCCCUUCCCUCCCCUCCCCUCCCCUUCCCUCCCCUCCCCUCCCCUCCCCUCCCCUCUCAGAGGAAAUACUUAUUUUAUUCAUUGUAGCAAAUUCCUGAAUGAAAGGUAGGCAAAUGGUAUCAUAUCUGGCCAGGUGCAGUCUCCUCCCUUGACUUGUAUUCCUAGAGUUUCUUUGUUAUUACUUUUGAUUAAUUGGCCUUGGGUUCAUUUAAAAAUUUUGCUAGUCAUCAGCAAAUUGACUUGUAGAACAUUACUGCCAAAUGCAAAGGCAGUUGAAUUACUGGGAAUGGUUGCAGCAUAGGGUCCUGCCAUGGUGAAAACCUUAUGUUUUCAGAUACUUACCCAUGUUUAUUUAACUCAUCUUACUAAAAGGCAUUGCCUUUGAAUGUCUUUGCUUUGUUUGAAUUUUAAAUGGGACUCUAUCAUGUUCUAGUUAGUUCUUCACUAAGAAAUUGGGAGAAGCUGACAGGAAACUGAUGUUUUCACUGAAAGAAAAAAAAAGCGAGUAAGAGUCCAAUUUAAUUCAUAUUGUAUAUCGAGCCAGCUAAUCAUAUUAGAUUGUAUUUAUUCCUCAUUUUACCUAUACACAUUAAUUUAAAGUAAAAGAAAAAAAACUAGAUAUGAAGGAAUUCAGUUAUGCUAUUCAUUCUGUAAACACUCAUUACAAUUAUUAAAUGUAAAUGGGCUCAGUUCACCUUCAAAAAG